AUGUUAUAUAUUUCAGGAGCUAGAUUAGUUGGUGAUGAACAAGUAAGAAUUGCCUCAACCAAAAUUGUUGGAAUUGGCCCUAAAAAAGCAAUUCAGGUUCGUUAUCGAUUAGGUAUCAGUGGAAACAUAAAGAUAAAAGAAUUAACUAAGUAUCAAAUCGACCAAAUUGAACAAAUAAUAGGUCAAGAUCAUGUUGUUCAUUGGGAAUUGAAGAGGGGAGAACGAGCAGACAUCGAAAGAUUAAUUUCAAUUUCUUGUUAUCGUGGAAUUCGUCAUCAAGAGUUCAUCGUCUCUUUGGGCCAAUCAAGCAGAGAUCGAUUGGCCUGCCAGAGAGCUGACAUUAGAAGACUGAGACCCACAGCACCAAGAAAGCUGGACGACAUAGGAUCAAAUGUUCAGGAUGAUGUGAUCCAAGUCAAUGACGAGGCAAAGCAGUUCCUUGACUUUGUCCAUCGAGUCAGUAGCACGCUUGCAAAGGGUAGAAAGCGGACAGAUGCCAUCAAAUCGGAUGUGAACAAAUUCCAGAAAUCCGCUCUUAGAGUUCGAGAAUCCAAGCGCUGGCAAGUCAGCUAG